CACUGCCAUAAGCAAUAUCCUGUGCGGCGCGAAGAGCUCCAGAUGGGUCGGAGGACAUCUACAAGCGUACAGUCUGGCUGCUUUUUGGGAGUAGGAGACAAGAUUGGUUGGAAUAGGCGCGCUAAUUGAUCCCAAAUAUAAGGCUCUGUUAUGAAUGCUUGGGGUUGGCAGGAGCUGGCCACUAGAUUGGAAAAACAAGAAAGAGCAGUGAUUCGGACGGAACUCGGCAAGUGGUGGUCAGUGGCGGUACAGUCCCAUCAAAUGCCCUCUUGGAGAAAUAAUGUUUCAGCAUCUCAUGCACUUUCUUUCACAAAGCCCCAGACCUGCACCUGCAUAACGCUGCGUCCAUUCGAAUCAGAUGUCCCGCAAUGCAGCACCCGUGCAUGGCAACUACCAUGGAUACUACGCCAAGCGUCCAUCCAUACGCGACCCGCGCUUGGAAGUUCUUCCCACCGCACUGUUCGCCGGCAAGUGCGUACUCGAUGUCGGAUGUAAUGAGGGAUGGGUCUCGUGCGAGGUCGCGCAGAUACAUGCUGCACGCAAAGUUGUCGGGGUGGACAUCGACGACGCGUUGAUACGCGCUGCAUGGCGCAAAAGACGUACUGUAUGGUCCACACAGGGUCCAGCGCCAUCUCUGCCUUCGGACGGAUCAAGCUCUUCGCGGAAGCGGAAACGCGAGGAAGACGCCCCUGCUGUUCUGGCUGACUACUUUCCCGCCUCAUGUGUGCACUCCGUAGGACCAUUGCCGAUACCAGACUCAUCUCCGGAGAUUUUCCCGCACAAUGUCGCAUUCCGUACGGCGGAUUGGGUCAACGAAGCGAUACCCGAGGAUGCGGAGGGCUACGAUGUCGUUGUCGCAUUUUCCAUCACGAAAUGGAUCCAUCUUAACGGCGGGGAUGACGGCCUCAUACGGUUCUUUGAGCGCGCAGCAUCUGUGUUGAAGCCAGGCGGUUUUUUGUCGUUGAACCGCAAGCGUGGGAGACUUAUCGGAAAGCGCGUCGGAUGGACAAGAAAUUUCGGGACACUGCAACAACGCUGAAGCUGCGGCCCGAGAACUUUGCACAGUUGUUGAGCAAGCUGGGUUUCGAGGAACCCACCCGGCUGGGCUCGGUAGGGGAAGGCGGUUUCAGUCGUGCAAUUGAUCUCUAUUGCAAGCAGCCCACAUAAAUGAAUGAUACAACAAGUGUCAGUCCGUUAUAAUCGUAGAUGUCCGCGUAUAAGAUGAAUCGUAAAAUUAGUCGCCUCCGCGUAAGACUCUCACCCAGUCACCUUCACCACCACCGUCCCGCCAUGUCGCAUCGACUGGGCUGCUGGGAGCCCAGAGCUCCUGCCCUCCAGGACAUCCGCGGCUCGCUCAAAAGGCACAGUCGGGUUAUCUUCAGCUAGGCGGGUUCCCUGGAAGGCCAUCUUGACGAGUGCGGCAAGCCCAUCGCGAACAUCCUCUCCUGACCAAUCAACGUCCUGGACUGGGCUCACAAAUGCAUAGCCAAUCUCAACUCUGGUCUUCUUUGCGUUCUUCGUCUCUACAUCGACUCCUUUCCUCGAGCGCAUACCCGCGCGCCAGUAAUCCUUGGCGCUCGGAAUCACCCUGCCAGGGUGGUCUCCGACAAUGGUCGUGAACUGCUUCAUCCUCUUUCCGCCGCCUGUGGAUCCAGAAAGAAGCAGUUGAGCCCCUGCUGCCCAGAUGUCCCGUCCACCAAUCGUGUCGACAACCGCAUCAAACUCGUCCCCAUCCGCCACCAGACGCUCGAUGGCGCGCACCGUUGCGCUCCUGACGGAAUGUGUGUCACUGCCACAAGUCGUUUGGGAGACAUAACUCGAGUAUGUCUCAACUGAUGCGCGUCGUGAAUGUUUCGGGCUCAUGUAGUCUUCUCCGUCAUCAAACACGACCUCCUCGACACCCCAACCUCGCGUACGGCUCUGCACAUCAGCCAUGUAGGAGUCGUCGCCCGACGAAUCCGGCCCUGGGGCAUGCACGCACACCCGCCAUCCGCUCUUGUCAACAUUUUGGUGAUCAGCCCUCCGACACCCGAAUGGCCAUUGAUAACCAAUACUCUCCUUCGCCUUUUGCCAAGCUUCUUGUCACGACGCUCAGACAAAGGAAACGGAUCCGCAAUUUCGCCCUCGGGUGUGGUCUGUUGUGGAGCACAAUUUGCGACAGAGCAUUCGCACCACGCAGAGCCCAAGGUCCCGAUAGCGCGAUAGGCGGACAGACCCAGAGGAAGCAGUGCCAGUUCCUCCAAACUCAGCGAAGGUGGCGAUGCCGGCGGUGCUGCACGUGAUCGCUGAACGAUGGACAACGGCCUAGAAACAGGAUACGGAGAAUCCCGUAUCGGGAAUACGUCAAUCGGCGAAUGGGAUCGCGGUGGAGUUGAAGAUGGCGACGGAGAAGGCGACAGCAUACUUGGUUGAGGCACACGCUGUAUGCGGUGACGGUCCACGAUGAUAAAUUCAGCCAGAGCGCCG